CACACUGAGCCCUGCUACCAAGCUGUAUGACUGGGAUGAACAGGUUUCUUCUCUAUCACAGCACAGCAGGAGUCUCAGGCUCCACUGGAUGGUGGCUCCACCAAGGGGACACACCAUUGUAUAGACGAGAGAAAAAGGAAUCGCCAAUAAGUCAGAUCUUGAGAAAAGAAACACAACAGAGACGGUCAUAAUAAGAUAACUUGAGGGUUGUCUAGCUAUAGAGCAUAUAGACUGACUCCACACACCAGAGUAUCAGGAUGAAAAUCCGCGUGAUGCAGAUCUGGGGCUUCCUGAUGACAGUGCUGGGCUGGAUCUUUGUGGCAUGCACCAUGGCCAUGGAGGGCUGGAAGAUCACGUCCAUCGGGGGCAUGGGCGGCUCGGCUAUCAUCAAGGUGGCCUGGUACUGGUCUAACCUGUGGAAGGCCUGCUUCACCGACUCCACUUCUGUCACCAACUGCCAAGACUUCCCUGUGCUCUGGUCCGUGGACAACCACAUCCAGAUUGUGAGGGGCCUGCUGAUGGGUGCUCUGUCUGUGGGGAUGCUGGGGUUCGUACUCAGCCUCAUUGGGAUGGAGUGCACCUUCCUCGGGGGCAAGGACAAGGCGAAGCACAGGAAGCUCUUCACUGGAGGAGUCUGUCACGUCAUCAGCGGCAUACUGGCUGCGUCAGGAUAUGCUGUCUACGCUAAAUACGUCUCCGGGGAAUACUUCAACCCCUAUUUUGACGGAUUAAAGUUUGACCUGGGCACUCCUCUGUUUCUUGGCUGGGUGGGAUCAGCGUGCCAUAUGACAGGGGGUUGGUUCUACUUGGUCUCUGUGUGCAAACUGCUCUGUGAGGACGAGAGCAAAAGUCUAGUCAUCCCUGAACUUCCCGAGGUUGAGAGCGACCAGGCCAAGUCCACCACAGUACAGUCCCCAGUAUCCCAGAUCAGCUCCAAGAUCAAGGUUUCACCUGCAUCUAAGAUUUCUUCCAAAUCUGCACGCUCAGAUGUGUCUGCCAUCUCCUCAAAGUCUGGUCAGUCCGGUCGCGUGUCCAAAUCAGAGCGGUCUGGACGGUCCUCGAACUCCGGGCAGUCCUCGAAAUUUGGCGGUGGGUCUUUGACGUCUGGUCGUCCACCGAGGUCUCAUGGGUCAGUGCACUCUGAGGUGAGCAGCAGCAGCAGUAGUACAGUGUCCUCUUUAUCCAGCGGGUCAAGAAGGAGCGAGAGAGAACCGUUUAUCAAAAACUCCUACUUAUGACCUGGAUCUGUGCAUAGUAUGUGUGAUUUUGACUGGACCGAACUGAAGUAACAGUUGUAUAUACUCCAUAUGAUGAUAUAGCCUUCCCUGUAGCUCAGUUGGUAGAGCAUGGUGUUUGCAACACCAGGGUUGUGGGUUCGAUUCCCACGGGGGGCCAGCACAGAAAAAAAAAUGUAUGAAAUGUAUGCAUUCACUACUGUAAGUCGCUCUGGAUAAGAGCGUCUGCUAAAUGACUAAAAAAAAAUAAAAUGAAAAAAAAUGAUGAGGGCUGUCAGAGUUCAUCUGUUAACUCAAGUUAACUUUUUUGAAUUUUAGUGAACUAAUGUUUUUCAAUCACGAUUAAUCACAUUGCCUGAAAGCUUUCAAAAUACCGUGAAAACAUCCAAAAUACAUAAUUUAUACAGCUAAAAACAACAAUUUGAUGUCAAAACAAGUUGACAAUGAGGUUUGUCAAUUUACCUGAUUUGCUAACUGUUACUUUGGACAACUCAAUUUGAGCAAAUUCUGAAUUUGUAAUGAAUCACAACAAAUCCUUUGAUUAACUCAAGUAAAUGUUUGAAUCGUUUGACAACCCAAUAAUGAUCCAGUUGUGAUUCUGUAUGUGGGGGAAAAGUCUCUGUAUCUAAUGGCCUGUUUCCUGGGAGUGUUUCAUUAUCAUCAAAUAAACUGCUUCAUCACAUUCA